AUGGCUGAAGACAAGGGUAAACCAAAAGGUGCUAUGAAUGCUUAUGCAGCAUUCUUGCAAUCUAUGCGUGCCGACCAUAAGAAGAAACAUCCCAAUGUCACUCUAGAUUUCAAGGCUUUUUCAAAGGAGUGCUCAGAACAGUGGAAGAAUCUAUCGGCUAAAGAAAAAAAGAAGUUCAAGGAUAUAGCAGAGAAGGACAAAGAGCGUUAUCGAUGUGAGAUGGAACAUUAUGAACCUCCUGCCGAUGAAGGUCGCAGUAAGAAAAGGAAACGAGACCCUGAUGCACCCAAAAAGGCGCUGUCAGCAUUUUUCCUCUUUUGUAAUGAUGAACGACCUAAAGUCAAAUCAGAAAAUCCCGACUGGAAAGUCAGUGAGGUAGCUAAAGAACUGGGUAAAAGAUGGGAGCAUUGUAAAAACAAAGCUAAGUAUGAGAGCUUAGCCCAGGUAGAGAAGCAACGUUACGAGAAAGCGAUGCAAAAAUACAAAGCCGGCAAAAAGUCCAAGACAGAAGAUUCAGAGUCCGACGAUUAG